AGGGGCGCCCCCCACUAGGACCGGUUCCAGUGCGGCCAUGGCAGCGGGCACGCCGCGUUGCUGCACCGUGGACGGUGUGGUCGCCUUCAUCGGUGUCGUGAGCGCGGUGAUACACGUGCUGGAGUUCUUCGCCUUCUGGUACCUGCUGGCAGCGUUCUUCAUACUCACCGGAGACGCGCACCGGCCCGACGACCACUUCUGGGGCCUGCUCUACCCCGCGCUGCUGGUGCUGCACUCGGUGCUUCAGGCGGCCCUCUCCCUGCUGCUCGCCGCAGGCGCCCUGAAACGGCGCAAGGCAUACAUUCUGCCCUGGAUCGUCACCAGCAUCGUCGAGUGCGCGCUGCUCUUCAAGUGUAGCAUCUUCCUCGGCCUGCAAUCGGUGCCGGCCAGUGCGUGGAUCACCGCAACGACGGUGGCCUUCUCCAGCGUCCAGCUCUUCUACGUGUCCUGCGUCGUGCUAUACUUCCGGAGGUUGAAGAAGAUGGAACGCGAGAUCCAGCCGCCCGAGGUGUACAAGUGCUCGUGAAGCGGAUUACCUAAGCGAGAUUAAUUGGCUUGCGCCGCGAGAUAUCUCUCCCAUACGUGUCAGCUGUUGCAGUGCACCAGUUCAUCAAUAUUCACUGAAGAACGGCGCUUGUAGAAAUAUUUUUAUUACCUUUGGUGCCUAGAUGAACCAAGCUAUAGAGCAUGGUUGACUUGGGCAGCGGUCGAUAAUGCAGCGACUGAGGUGCAAAACAAACAAACAAACGAGUUGCGAGAAACCGCGGUACCGUUACGCAGCUUCUAUCUGCCGUGCUGGCUAGAUUCACAGAUGCUCUUUCGAGUCAAGAAUAGAAGCGAUGCUCACUUUCGGUAGCCAUCCCGCUCUUGUGCAUGAAAACAGCCACAUGCCUUCUUUCGUUGACCACGGGUGAACAGUU